AUGGGAGCUUCAAGAAAAGAUUGGUCAAAGAAGUUGGAUGAUACUCUUUGGGCAUAUAGAACAGCCUUCAAAACACCAAUAGAGAUGUCACCAUAUCAAUUGGUGUAUGGAAAGGCUUGUCACUUACCAUUGGGGCUUGAACAGAAAGCAUUCUGGGCUCUCAAGCUACUAAACCUUGACAACAAUGCUGCUGGUGAAAGGAGGCUUUUACAGCUACAAGAAUUGGAAGAAUUUGGAUCCCACGCCUAUGAAAAUGCCAAAAUAUACAAGAAAAAGGCAAAGGAGAGACAUGACCUCAAGUUGGCACCAAGAAGCUUUGAAGAAGGACAGAGUGCUUCUUUACAAUUCCAAGCUGAAGUUAUUUCCUAG